AUGAGGGCUAGGAGGGAGGCAAGGAAAAGGGCCAAGUUAAUGGAUGUUGGUGGCUCUGCUGGUAAUGUGAAUGGUGACAUUGGUGAGGAUGAGCUUGCACGUGGUAAAAGGAAAUCCAAGAAAUGUUUCUGCUUAGCUAGGAUAUACGCCAGUCUUUCGAGUGAUGGCCUAUGGGUUUUGAAAACCGUCCACCUAGAACAUACUCAUAUUCUUGCUCCAAGCAUGGCUAAUUUGGUGAAAGAGUAUCGUAUGAAGAAAAUGACCUCAACUGUACGAAAGAGGUUAGUUAAUUUUUAUGGGGAGGGUGUUAGUGUUUCGCAAAUUCGUGGGUGUUUAGGGACGGAGAACAAGAAUUUGCCGAAUGUGAAGGAUAUGCAGCACGGGGUUUACAAGCAUAGGCGCCUGAAGAUGGCCGGUGGAGAUGCACAGACAAUGAUGGAUUACUUUGAUUAUAUGCAGGCUGAUAAUCAAAACUUUUACCAUGUCCAUAGGUUGGAUAAGAAGGGUCGUCUGAAGGAUGUGUUGUGGGUUGAUGCAAGGAGUCGGGUGGCUUAUGAGGAGUUUGGAGACGUGGUGUAUUUUGAUUCCACAUAUCUAACAAACAAGUACGAGCUACCAUUUGCCAAUUUUGUGGGAGUAAAUCACCAUGGCCAGUCCAUUUUACUAGGUUGUGCUCUAAUUUCACAUGAAGACUCUGACACCUUUCGUUGGAUAUUCCAUCAGUGGUUAGCCUGCAUGGGGAACAGAGCGCCCGGUGCUAUUCUCACUGACCAAGCAGCUGCAAUGAGGAAGCCUUUAGCUGAAAUUAUGCCCAAUACACGUCAUCGUUGGUGUAUAUGGCAUAUACUUAGGAAAUUCCCUGAGAGACUUGGAAGCUGUGCCUUGUAUAAGAAGUUCAAGAACCCUUUGAAGGAACUGUACAAGCUUGAGGAUAAUGAAUGGCUACAAGAGUUGUUCAUUGAGAGGCACAUGUGGAUACCGGCUUACAUGAAAGAGUACUUUUGGGCUGGUAUGAAGACAACGCACAGAGUAGAGAGUAUUAACAGGUUUUUUGACGGAUUUGUUACGCGCAAAACUAAGCUUUGUGAGUUUCCUGAAAAAUAUUGCAAAGCUAUGAAGAAGAGGACCUCCGAUGAGAUAGAUGCUGAUGCAAGGGAUUCUAAAUACAUAAGGAGGCUUGUCAAUGGAUUCAGAGCAGAGAAAGUUUGGAUCGUUCCUGAAGGAGCAAGUGAAGAAAUCAUUACUGAACGCCGAAGGUUUUACUCUCUUGUUUUCAAUCCUAUUACGAAAGACACUACCUGCGACUGUCGCAAGUUUGAGAAGGAUGGUAUUCUUUGUAAGCACAUCAUUAGAGUUUGGGAUGAUAACAAGGUCAAAGACAUUCCAUCAAAGUGUGUACUUGAUCGUUGGCGGAAGGAUAUUCCCAGGAGGCACACGCGAGUUAAGGUGGCUUACCACGACCCCAGUGAAACCAAAGAAUGUAAGCGCUGGAAUAGCCUGAUUCACGAUCUCGAGGCUAUGUGUGACGAGGCAUUAGCGGUGGAUGAUGAUACGGUUGAGGCAGUUCGCACAGCAGUGUCAAAGAUACGAGCGGAAAUAAGGGUACGCCGUGCUAAACACUUGGCAGCCAAUGCUCCAACUGAGUGUUCAGCAUUCCCUUGUUCUGAAAUUGGAUCAUCUAAUCCCCAGCCAGGGCCAAGCAGUACACCAAAGUUAGUGUCCAAGGCAGCGAUACCUGAAAGUGGGACUAAUCACAAACCUUCAGCAUCUGUGAUUAGUGAUCCCUUAUGUCCAAAACGUCGUCGUGGCCGGCCGAAGGGCUCCAAAAAUAAGAGCCCAGCUGAAUUAGGGAGCACACCCAUGCCUGUUAACGAGCCAGAUCAACCACCAAAGCCAGGCACCGGAACUCAUCAAAGCCAUACCCAUGGUGAAGGAAACGAGAACUCUGCAUUUGUAAUUCAUGAACCUGUGGGCCUAGAAAGGCGUCGUGGGCGGCCGAAGGGCUCAAAAAAUAAGACCCUGGCUGAAUUAGGCAGCACACCGAUCACUAAGCAUGUGAGCGAGUCACCGCAGCAAGUACUAAUGCCAGACACCGGAACUGACAAUUCUGCUUGUGUAAUACAUGAUCCCGUAACUGCAAAGAGGCCUAGGGGGCUUCCUAAGGGAUCCAGACACAAGACCCUGGCUGAAUUAGGCUACAAUCACAGUAAGUUGAAAGCUGCAAAGGCCUCAAAACCCGGAGUCGUCACAAGACAAACAACCGAAAAUUUCACAGGACAAGCUUCAAAGUUACCGAGGAAGCGUAAAACAAGACAGAACCCAUACGCUGAAUUUAACACUGCCACUAAUGAUGCUGAACGUGAUGAAUUCGACCCAUGGGGUGCCACGGAGGAAGGUCUCACAGAGCACUGGUACGAGUCUCCUAACGAUUGA